ACGAAACAUCUAGAGUGUGACGUCAUUAUAAACAGGCCAAAUUGUUUGCGCCAUGUGUUUGUGAGAUGGAAUACUUGGGACAUCGGUUUUCCAUAAUAAUAAGGAAAUACUAAUUGAAUAAUUGAUUCAAUACAGGUAACCACGUGUUUCUCGUGUGAAGUGGAUGUCACAAGAAGACAAUGGCAAAAAAGAAGGUUAUUAAGGACACAUCUGAACCCCAACAAACCCACGGAACGGCGUCUUGCGGAGGAAGGAAACGACACAAUGAAGCUUCAGAGGAAAGUAUUUGCAAAAGGUUAAGGAAGAAGAUGGACGGCCAAACUGUAGUUAAGACAGCAGGAGGCGACCCACAGACCAAUGGAAAGUGCCAUGGUAAUCACAAGAAAGACAGGAGCACCAGCAUCGUGCAUCACAUUUACAAGAACGCCUUGGGGCAGAAUAUGCACUGCCAAAUGCGGCAGUGUUGUCAAGAGCCAUUUCUGCGGUCCCUGGACUCCUACCGGCUCUACCGCACAACCAGCCCCUUCGACCGCAGAAUUACGUGCCUAGAAUGGCACCCAACGCACCCCAGCACACUGGCCGUCGCGUCGAAGGGUGGGGACAUCGUCCUCACCGACUAUGAGACCCUAAACAACACCACCUUUAUACAAGGGAUCGGAGCUGGGGGCUCCAUCACAGACAUGAAGUUUAACCCGUUUAAUCACAACCAACUGUUCACUUCAUCCAUCGGGGGUGCCACCAUGCUCCAGGAUUUCGCUGGGAAAACCCUCAAAGUAUAUGCCAGCACUGAAUACUGGGAUUUUUGGUUCUGCAGCGUGGACGUUUCUCCGAGCCGUCAGGUGGUGGUGACCGGUGACAACGUGGGAUGGGUGAAGCUCUUGAGCAUUGAUGGAGAGGCUAUCUGGAACCACAGGCUGCACAAGGCCAAGGUAACGCAUGCGGAAUUCAACCCGUGCUGUGAUUGGCUCCUGGCCACAGCAUCCGUUGACCACACGGUCAAACUGUGGGACCUGAGGAGUAUCAAAGACAAGACCAGCUUCUUACAUGAGAUGCGACAUGAAAAGGCUGUCAACUCUGCCUAUUUCAGCCCUGUGGACGGUUCCAAGCUCCUCACCACUGAUCAGUACGAUGAAAUCCGGGUGUACUGCUCUUCUGAUUGGUCAAAGCCACAGAAGGUCAUCUCACACCCACACCGCCAGUUUCAGCACCUCACCCCCAUAAAGGCCACCUGGCACCCCAUGUACGACCUCAUCGUGGCUGGCCGGUACCCUGACCAGCGGGUCUGUCCGGGCGAGUCGAGGACCAUCGACAUCUUCGAUGGCAAAACCGGAGCUCUGAAGUAUCAGCUUCAUGACCCCAAUGCCCCAGGCAUUAUAUCUCUCAACAAGUUCAGCCCCAUGGGAGACGUGUUAGGAUCUGGGAUGGGGUUCAGCAUUCUUAUUUGGAGCCGAGAAGACGAGAAGAUUGUGGACAAAGAGCAGGAUAGGCUGAUGAGAGAAAUGGGGGAGGAAAUUGGCAGUGGGACCAGCGGUGUCAGACCCCAGCAUCAAACUCAUCACUGCCCUCGUGGGGUUAGGAGGGGAACUACUGAAAAGACCAAGCUUAAGAAAAAAACUGAAAGCCUUCUUGGGAUCAAGACAAAAACCAAAACCAAAGAAAACCUCAAACCUCAAAAGGACAAGAAGAAAUAAGUCAGUUGCUUCAAUUGAACUGGCUUCGACAAAAACGUGCCUUAAGAGUUACAACAGCAUUACUUUAUGCACUUUCUUCAGUGGAAUUGUAUUUGUGUCGUCAAUCAUUAAUAUGCCAGUUGCCUAAAAUUUCAGGAUGUGCAAGAGACAUCAGAUGGCCAAUUAUGUUUUAUAUACAAAACACUACAUACAUUCAAUGAAUACCAAAUGGUAUAUAAACAAGAAAAUAUGCAUGGUGAAAUUUGGGACUGAUUUGCUCCUUUAGUGGUUCAGUAUUUUUGUACAUUAAAAGCAGUUGCUAAGCAAAA